UCCAGCUUCAAAAGAACAAACACUCAAAACAAAGGAAGUGGUCCUCAACCGCAGGAAGCAGGAAGUGUCUGCUGGGUCCUCGGCUGAAGCCCAGGGACAGUGGGAUGGAGUCCGUGGCCCUGUACAGCUUCCAGGCCACAGAGAGUGACGAGCUGGCCUUCAACAAGGGGGACACACUCAAGAUCCUGAACAUGGAAGAUGACCAGAACUGGUACAAGGCGGAGCUCCGAGGAGCCGAGGGUUUUGUUCCCAAGAACUACAUCCGUGUAAAGCCACACCCGUGGUACUCGGGCAGGAUUUCUCGGCAGCUGGCUGAAGAGAUUCUGAUGAAGCGGAACCACUUAGGAGCCUUCCUGAUCCGGGAGAGCGAGAGCUCCCCUGGCCAGUUCUCUGUCUCUGUGAAGUGAGCUCCGGGAUCGGG